CAUAAACACUUACAUGUUUAAAUUGUAUGUGUUUAAAAUCGAAAUGAAUCUGAAUUCGAUUAAAAUAAUUGAUAUGUUUGCUACGUUCUCACUUUAAUCAUCUACUUCCGGGAAUAUCGGGUCUCCAUGGAAACGCGUUGCCAGGGUAACGCACGCGCUUCGAAGCCGAGGUCAGGUUUGUCCGACUAUCGGAAAUAAUUUACCUCCAAAUUCUUCUGUUGUUUUAGAGAAAACUUUUCUUCUGACUCGCUGUUGACACUAAAGUAGGUGUCACUCACACUGACCUGAACAGUAUGGAGGCUGAUCAGGACACGACAAAGGAUCGACUGAGGCUCCAGUUUCAGAUGCUGCAGGAACAGCAGGUGCAGCGUCUUCACAAGCGGCUGGAGAAAAAGAAACAGAUCUCUUUUGAGACAGAAAAGGACGAGAUGAGCUCAAACGGGCUGAACAGUCUGGGCCUGUCUGAGGAUGAGCAAGACUCAGAAUCCAGCUCCAGACAGCCGAAGAAGGAUAACGAUCAACUCCAGGAGCAGGUCAGGGAGCUGCGUGAUGAGAGUGGACGACUCCAUAAACUCCUGAGUGAAAAGGAGUUCGAAAUCAAGUACCUGAAGAAGAAGAGGGAGGAGGACAGGCUGGCUAUAGUGGGCACAGCAGGACUGGCAGGAGAUGCAGCAGCAACCAAGAUCGUGGAGCUUUCGAAGAAGAAUCGUGAGCUCUCGGCAGAAAUGGAGAGAGAGAAAGUCAAGAGCAAACAGCUAACCAACAGAGUGAGAGAGCUCGAGAGAGAGCUGCAAGAUAAAGCAGUAUUCAGUAACGAUGUGAAAGGAAACCACAAAGUGGAUCUGAAGAGCACACAGCAAGAGACCACCCCACUGGUGAAGUCUCUACAGGAGAAGCUGAACACGGCUCAGUUUAAAAUGAGUGAAUAUCGCAACCAGAUCCAAGCUGUGAGACAGGAGCUGAAGGUCGCACACAAGGCUCUGUGCAGUGAGGUCGGUGAGGAUGUGUGUUUACAGCAGAUCCUCAGUACUCCAGGAAACUGGAGAGGACGAGCGCAGCAGAUCCUGGCCUUACAGAACCGAGUGAAAGAUCUGGAACAGCAACUCGACUCAGCAUCCAACAGAAAUCAGCUGGGAGAGUUCAGUCCAGAGCAGUGCAUGCUGGGAAAGGGAGUCCAUCAGAGGAAACAGGACAAGAACCAGAGCUACAUCCGCACCCUAGAGAGAGACAGGAAAGAGGCACUGGAGAAGCUGAGUGGUGAGUAUGAGCUCAUACUGAAUGAGCACGCUGAGUUAAAGAAGAAACUGGAGAGCAGCAAAGCAAGGAACCACAUCCUUAGUGCUGAGCUCAAACACCUCAAAUCUCAAAUCUGCAAACUGACCGAGAAGGGACAGCACGACAACGAGCUCAUCGACACACUACUGAAGCAGCAGGCUCAGCUUCACACUGUGUUGAGUCGUCUGGGUGAGAAAGAGGUGCAGCGUGACAAUACAGAGCAGAAACAGGACACACAGGAGGCUCAGAGACACAACGACAUGAUCACACAGCUCAAACUGAUGGUGAAGGAGAGAGAGGAGAAAGUUCAGGAGCUCGAGCAGGAAAUCCAGCAGCUCAAACUCACCAAACUGGAGACAAAAGACACUGAGGGGAAGAUUAGCCACAUAGAGGAAGGAGACAGGAGGUCCAGCUCUGCCAGGUCAGUUUCAAAAAUGGGACACAAACUCAUAGAUUCAGCCCUGACAUUGUCUCCUGGAGAUCCCUCUGAUCUCAGAGAUGGUUCGGAGGCUCGGUGCUCUGUAUGUGCUGCUCUACAGGUUCAGUCUUCAGAGUUUAAAGCACUGUGUCAGGCAGCUAAUGUGGAGAGAGACCGACUGCUGGAGCUCACUAAAGUUCAACAGAAGAGGGAAGUCGAUGCCAUUCAGAAGUGUGCAGAUGCCGAGCAGAAGCUCCGGGAAGAACGUCACCGCUGUGUGCUUCUGGAGCAGCAGCUGGAGAGACUCAAGUUAGACUCUGAAAAAGCACAAAGAGUCCAUCGCAGCAGGACAGGGAGCUUGAAUGUAUCUGAGAAACAGGACAGCAGUCUUUUACACAGAAGAGCCGUGGUGUCAGCGCACCAUGCCCAGGCCAGUGAACUCAGCUCACGACACGCUGCCCAGCAGGAGGAGCUAGAGGCUCUGAGGUCAUCGCUGGAGCAAGUUUUGCAGGCUAAAGAGGAGGACCUGCAGCUCUACAGCACCAUGAUCAGUCAGGUCAAGCAAGUCUUCAUUCAGGCUCUCCGGCAACACAAACAGAGUUCAAACCCAGAAACGUAGCGUAACGGUCUUCUUCCCUUCCGUCAGAUGUGGACUCCUGCAGACGCAGAGCAUUGCAGCUCCGAAAGCCUAGCAAUCCGGAUGGCCAGCGUUUUAUCAGUUAGGCUGAUACCAGAUUUUAGCGUAGAGGCUCUAUUGUAGCCCAAAAUCUAACAUCACAUGUAACAUCAGCCAACUAGAUCAAGUACCAUGAGCCUCACGGUAAAUAUACAUUGACCCUAUUUACUGUAGAGUGUCACCCAGAUGAGGAUGAGGAUCCCUUCUGAGUCUGGUUCCUCUCAAGGCCUCAUCUCAUCUCAGGGAGUUUGUCCUCACCGCCGUCACCUCCGGCCUGCUCAUUAGGGAUAGGGAUAGAUGUAUAGUAUCUUAAAUUUAAAAUUUUAAUCUCUAAUUGUAUAUAUUCAUUUAUUUCUUUAUAAAAAUGUAACCUUCAAACAUUAGAUUUCAAUCUUCAAGCUUAAGAUCUUAGUAGCUGGGCUUCAGAUCUUGGCCUAAUUGCUGUAUUUUAGGCUUCAUAUCAUGGAUUUUAGCUUCCAGGCCACACCAUGUUAUCGAGCUCCAUGUUAUCUUAGCUGCUAGAGUUUAACAUCAUAAUCCAGGAUUUUAGCAAAUCAUUAUUAUUUAGAUAUUAAUCUAAAAAAUCUUUCUAUUCAGUUCGUGUAUUGUUGAUUCCAUUUCCCAGAUGUUCAGCUCUACACCUAUCAGCUCCAAGGAUUUUAGUCUUCCAGGCCCCAGAUCACGGCCUGCUCUGUCCCUAACCUAGACACCGGGGUUGUAGACAUCCAUCUGUCUGUGUAUUGAAGCUGAAGCUGCUAAUCUUAAUGAGACUGUGCUAAUCCAGACAAAAUAAUCGAUCAGAUACGGACAAGGUAAAGACGAGACGUGGACAUGGCCGCCACCCUGAGCCGAUAAGACCGCCACCCUGAGCCGAUAAGAGCCGAAAAAAAGAGCUUCGUUUUCAUUUAUGUCGCUGUCAGUUUCUUUCUGCUAACUGGAAUAAAAUAUAAAUAAUCAUUUUAAA